AUGGAGAAGAAGGAGAAAAAAUCAGCGAUUUCGUCAAUGGAAGGUGUUCUUGUUGGAGCUCUAACUCCAGGCGUCAAUGCUCCAACAUGGAAAACACUCAAAUUCGCGUUUCUUCUGUUGGGUCUCUGUCUCGUUUUCACGCUCCCUGUAACUUUCACCGACGGCCAAUCCAUGUUGCCUGUUCAUUCCACAAAUAUCAUUUUCUUAGAUGAUGGAGAUUCCCAUGACGGUCGUCUAGGUGGAGCCUCCGUUCUUCGCCUUGGAGGAGAUGAAACGGCCACGGGACACCGUGGGGAGGUCAGCCGACCGAAAACGGAGGAGGCAUCGGUGUCAGGUGAGGAAGAUGAAAAGUUAAAAUAUUUGUGA